AUGAAGAGGGAUAAGCUUGCUGUUAGAGAAGAGUUGGUCAGUGGGUCACAACUUGAUCUGAACUACUCGAAAUUGUCGAGAUCAAUGGAACCAAGGACAGCUUUCCACUUGACUUCUACAGAGGGUCACUUCCACAUUGUGAAAGAACUUUUGAAAGCUAAAAAUGAGCCAUGCUUGUUUCCCAAUGAAGAAGGCAAAAUUCCUCUGCACUAUGCUAAUAUGAGAGGAAGGAAAGAAGUUGUGCGAGAGUCUCUGAGUUUUCCUCACCAAGGAAAAACUGUAUUUCACUUGUGUGUCACAUACAACUAUCUAGAGACUCUCAAAGCUUUGGUGGAAUUGGAGUCUACCAUUACUGGCCAGCUUCUCAACUUCACAAGCUCUGAUGAUACUGGAAACACCCUUCUCCAUUUUGCUAUCAAGUUGAACCGCGUUGAGGCCGAAAAUGAAGGAUUCGAAGCUGAUAAUCCACAGUCACACCCACCCCCACCACCUACGGAUCGUGCUGUCCCUCCUCAGAAUGAUAAUCGUCCUAUGAAAGCAUAUUGCGAAUCGUAUUAG